GAAGUUGAGGGGGAGUUCACUCUGAGCUGGGUGCUACAGGAAGGCAUCAUGGAUAUGUACAGAUAUUUCACUUUACUUCUCUUCACUCUUCCUCCACAAGUUCAUUCCCAAGUCGGACCCCGAGGCCACGCUGAAGAGAGGCUGCUCCAGAAUCUGUUUGCAAAUUACAAUAAGCUCUCCCGGCCCGUGAGAAACACCUCGGACACGGUGCUGGUCCACUUCGGGCUUUCCAUCGCGCAGCUGAUUGAUGUGGAUGAGAAGAACCAAAUGAUGACAACAAACGUCUGGGUCAAGCAAGAAUGGAAUGAUUACAAACUCCGCUGGAACCCGGAGGAAUAUGAAAAUGUCACCUCCAUCCGUAUCCCCUCCGAAAUUAUCUGGAGGCCCGACAUCGUCCUCUACAACAAUGCCGACGGCGACUUUGCAGUAACUCACCUCACCAAAGCACAUCUGUUCUACGAUGGUCAGAUAAAGUGGAUGCCUCCGGCCAUUUAUAAGUCGUCGUGCAGCAUAGACGUCACGUUUUUCCCUUUCGACCAGCAGAGCUGCAAGAUGAAGUUCGGCUCGUGGACCUACGACCGCGCCAAGAUCGAUCUGAUCAGCAUGGCCAGUGAUGUGGACCAGAUGGACUACUGGGAGAGCGGCGAGUGGGUCAUCAUCAAUGCUGUGGGAAAGUACAACACAAAAAAGUACGAGUGCUGCACAGAGAUCUAUGCGGACAUCACCUACUACUUCAUCAUUCGAAGGCUUCCGUUGUUCUACACGAUCAACCUCAUCAUCCCCUGUCUCCUGAUCUCAUGUUUGACUGUGCUGGUGUUUUAUUUGCCAUCGCAGUGCGGAGAAAAGAUCACCCUGUGCAUCUCGGUGUUGCUGUCCCUGACAGUGUUCCUCCUGCUGAUCACGGAGAUCAUUCCCUCCACAUCGCUGGUGAUCCCCCUGAUUGGCGAAUACUUGCUGUUCACCAUGGUCUUCGUCACGCUCUCCAUCGUAAUUACCGUCUUCGUGUUGAACGUACAUCACAGAUCGCCGCAGACGCAUGGCAUGCCUCACUGGGUGCGGAGGGUCUUCCUGGACUUGGUACCUCGGGUUCUCUUCAUGAAGCGCCCCCCGGGCACAGCGAAGCAGCACUGCAAGAAGCUGAUCGAGAUGAUGCACCGUCCACCCACGAUAUCCACAACAGGCAACUCACAGGCCUUCUGGACAGGUCUGGAGACAGGGCUGAGACAAAUGAACCAGGUCGAGAACACACACCCAAAGACUCGCUCUGACAGUCCCAGCAUCCUCGUCUGCUCGCCCUCGCCCCCCUCCUCCCCUCUCCAGGACCACAAGGAGCAUCUCUCUCCGAAGGCCAACAUUUUCAGCCGUUCCACAUCCGGCCAGUACUCGGUUCUCUCAGAGAAGCAUCCUUUGCGGGGACACAACUCGGCAGCUUCGUCCUCCUCCCAGCUGUCUUUGCCCCCAACUUUACAUCUGGGACUGAUACGCAGUCUGUCGGGAGACGAACCGGGAGUCCUGGCCCCGAACGGUCGCUCCCACAGCGAAGAGCAAAUGAGCGACCAGACGAAGCAAAUUCAUCAGAGAGCCGGACAUCGCUGUCGCUCGCGCAGCUUCCAGUACUGCUGUUUCCACGACGACGGAGUCAUCGGGAUGACGGGGCUUGUGAAGAAAACGGCCCCAACAGAAAACCUGGUGAAAACUGUCCCAGUAGAGUCCACUAAAGAUGCAAGUACCCAACAGGACACUCUGAUUCCAACCAUAUCCCCCGCUAUGCAGAGAGCCAUAGAAGGAGUUCAGUACAUCGCUGAUCAUCUCAGGGCAGAGGACGCUGACUUCUCAGUGAAGGAGGACUGGAAGUACGUGGCCAUGGUCAUCGACAGGAUCUUCCUCUGGAUGUUUGUGCUGGUGUGCAUCCUGGGAUCUGUGGGGCUCUUUCUCCCUCCUUGGCUGGCCGGGAUGAUCUAGAAUCUCUAGAUCGAGAUAAAGAGACACUGA